AUGGCGGACAGGUGUACAGUUCACGGUCACGAAGAACUCAAGUUCUUCUGCACGAUGUGUGACACGUUCGUCUGCUCGGAGUGCCUGCUCGACCGCCACAACGGCCACAACAUGGUCCGUCUGACAGACGCAGUGGUACAGGGAAGGAACGCGGAGGACAAGGGAAGGAAAGUAGCAGACGCCAUGGCCAGAAAUCUAGAAACCCUGAACCAAAGGGGAGAGGAGAUGGAAAGGCAAAGAGUUGAUGUGGAAACCCAGAUAACCACAGCUGCAGCAAGACUGGUGGACAACAUCGAAAGAGAGAAAGUCGCUCUCAUAAACCAGGUGCGCGAGAUUUAUAACGAAGAAACGAGAAGGAUGGGAGAAUGUGGUAAGGAGCUCGAGUCAAGGCUUUCUGACGUAAUAGCUGCCCUUGACCAGCUGCAAAUCACAGGUCACUCGCAAGGUGAAGCCGCCGCCGCGUCGUCCCCAGCGUUGAGCAAGUUGGCACAGCUGAUAAAUGAAGUGAAAGAGCCAACUUUACCACCACCAACCGUCAUCAACUUCGAACCACAGAAGAACGAUAAAGUGAGCCAUCUCCUUGGAAAGGUAUCAACUAGGAAGAGAGCUGUGGCCGAAGAGAAGCCCAUCACAACCAGUACGGGUGCGGCUUCCCCAAGACAGUUUCCCAGAACGUCACCUAGAGCGGCGCCUCCAAAUUCGUCAGGAUUCAAAAGUGCAAAGGAGCCCAAAUCUCCGAGGACGCACGUAGCACCAAAGAACACCUCAACUAUAGGGAGCGGCCAAUUGGUCAGUCCGUUAAAAAUCGCCUAUACUAGCGAUGACAGAGUCUUUGUUUUGGACAGAGAUGGUGGUGGCAGCGUUAAAGUCUUGAACAUGAAUGGCUUCGCCAUCAAAAGUUUCCCUCUAAAGUUAGCCGACAGCAAGAAGUACGAAGUCGGGGAAGGAGGGCUGUUUGUGAACGGGGGAGGACAGGUGGUUUUUGUGGGGUUCGCGCGCCCCCUGUCGGGUUCGCUGGGGGACUACAUGGACGUGAUGUGCCGCUACCAGGAGGACGGGAAGCUGCUCCACCGCGUGGAGCUGCAGCUGAGCUCCAAGCAGGCGUGGGAUGCGGCGGAGAUCUCUGACGGGAAAAUCGCCGUAGCCCUUGACUGGAUGAUCAGCAUCAUUGAUGAGGCAGGACAAGAGUUAUCAUCCUUCUCCACAAGCGUGCCCGACUUCUGCUGUCUGGCAUACAACAAGGCGGCGGGAGACCAGCUGGUCAUCUCCAGGUUUCACGACCACUUUGUGGAAGUGUACUCACUGGAUGGACGAGUUUGCUUCCAGUUUGGAGCUGAAGGUUCUGGAGAGGGAGAGUUCAUGGGGCCCCUGGGUGUGUGUGUCAACAAAAACGGCCACAUCCUCAUAGCUGACUGGAGCAACAGGCGCGUGCAGAUGUUUGACCAGAAAGGACGGUGGUUGAAGCACGUGGCCACGUCCCGCGAGGGCCUGGAGGAGCCGAGAGCUGCAGUACAGACACCAGACGGCAGGGUGCUGGUCAGCGACACCAAGAAAAACUGUGUCUUUGUCUUCACAUUUUGAUCCAGUUUAUUGCUAUGUCUGCAUGUGAUACAACUUGAUCAAAUAUUCAAAAUGUGAGGGUCCAUGGUUCCAACAGUGUGAUGUGUUGUUUAGGCCAAGGCUCCUAACUUAAACAGUUUUUGCCUAGACCAUACUUGAUACAUGUCGAGAUGCAUAUUUG